CGAGGGUUGUUUCCCUUUUUUUCAGUCACUUCGAUCAACACUUCCACUCUCCACAAGCUUCGCCUUCCCGGCGUCGCCAUUCAUUAACAGAUCCGAUCUAAGCUCUCCCCUUUGGCGUCGGCAUCUUCCAAUCGCGAACCAGAAAUGGCAAUCUCUGCUCAAGCUCCUGAUAUUCAAGGAGAGCGUCAAUCUGGCCAAGACGUGCGCACACAGAACGUGAUGGCGUGCCAAGCAGUUGCUAACAUCGUCAAAUCCUCACUAGGACCCGUUGGACUCGACAAGAUGCUUGUUGAUGAUAUUGGUGAUGUAACAAUUACUAAUGAUGGUGCUACAAUUCUCAAGAUGUUAGAAGUGGAGCAUCCAGCUGCCAAGGUACUAGUAGAGUUGGCUGAGCUUCAAGACCGAGAAGUUGGUGAUGGUACAACAUCAGUUGUAAUUGUAGCUGCAGAAUUGCUGAAGAGAGCAAAUGACCUGGUGAGAAAUAAAAUUCAUCCAACAUCUAUUAUCAGUGGUUACAGACUAGCUAUGAGGGAAGCAUGCAAAUAUGUCGAUGAGAAAUUGGCGGUGAAGGUUGAGAAGCUUGGAAAGGAUUCUCUAAUAAACUGUGCCAAGACCAGCAUGUCCUCCAAGCUGAUAUCUGGUGACAGCGACUUCUUUGCUAAUCUGGUUGUAGAUGCGGUUCAAGCAGUGAAGAUGACCAAUGCACGAGGGGAAAUCAAAUAUCCAAUCAAGGGAAUUAAUAUUUUGAAAGCUCAUGGACAAAGUGCUAGAGACAGCUACCUACUGAAUGGGUAUGCUCUUAAUACUGGCCGUGCUGCCCAAGGCAUGCCUCUGAGAGUUUCCCCGGCCAAGAUUGCUUGUCUUGACUUUAACCUUCAGAAGACAAAAAUGCAGUUGGGUGUACAGGUCUUGGUAAAUGAUCCUAGGGAGCUUGAGAAGAUUCGCGAAAGGGAAGCUGACAUGACAAAAGAACGUAUUGAGAAACUUUUGAAAGCUGGAGCUAAUGUUGUUUUAACUACAAAAGGGAUUGAUGACAUGGCGCUCAAGUACUUUGUGGAGGCUGGGGCUAUUGCUGUGAGACGUGUCCGGAAAGAGGAUAUGCGCCAUGUUGCCAAGGCAACUGGUGCAACCAUGGUUUCAACGUUUGCUGAUAUGGAGGGGGAAGAAACUUAUGAUUCAUCACUGCUUGGAUAUGCUGAUGAAGUUGUUGAGGAGCGCAUUGCUGAUGAUGAUGUGAUAAUGAUAAAGGGGACCAAAACUACUAGUGCGGUUUCUCUGAUCCUUAGAGGUGCCAAUGAUUAUAUGCUUGAUGAGAUGGAGAGAGCUCUGCAUGAUGCUUUGUCUAUUGUGAAAAGGACCCUUGAAUCUAAUACGGUAGUAGCAGGUGGAGGUGCAGUUGAAUCUGCCUUGUCUGUGUAUUUGGAGUAUCUUGCCACAACUUUAGGAUCUAGAGAGCAAUUGGCAAUUGCAGAAUUUGCAGAAUCUCUUUUGAUUAUACCAAAGGUGCUUGCUGUCAAUGCUGCAAAGGAUGCCACUGAAUUAGUUGCAAAACUGCGGGCUUACCAUCACACUGCACAAACCAAGGCAGAUAAGAAACAUUAUUCAAGCAUGGGACUAGAUCUUUCAAAUGGGACUAUUCGCAACAACUUAGAGGCAGGGGUUAUCGAGCCUGCAAUGAGUAAAGUCAAGAUAAUUCAGUUUGCAACUGAGGCAGCAAUAACAAUUCUUCGAAUUGAUGAUAUGAUCAAGCUUGUCAAAGAUGAAAGUCAGAAUGGUGAAGAGUAGGGUGGCUGAUAUCUUUUUUGUUCUUGAAUUUGAAUGAAUGCUUGUUUUAUUUAGCAAUUGGGGUAACUGGUAUCUUUUUCUUAUGUGGUUUGGAUUUUGGCUUUCUAAGAGUCUCUUACUAGCUUAAUUUCAAUACUGCUUUUUAGCACAUUAAUUGCUGUUAGCACAUUUUACAAUUAGGAUAAAAUUUGUUAUUAGCA